AUGGAUUUCUCCAAGUUCCUGGCGGAGGACUUCGAGGUGAAGGCCUGGGUGAACGGGGCCUUCCGGGCCGUGCAGCAGGAGGCUCCGGGCAAGGUGGACGCCCACGCCGCAACCCUGGUCAUGAAGCUGCAGCUCUUUAUCCAAGAGGUCAACAAAGCAGUGGAAGAGACGAGCCACCAGGCCCUGCAGAGCAUGCCCCGGGUCCUACGGGAGGUGGAAGCCCUGAAGCAGGAGGCCGCCUUCCUGAAGGAGCAGAUGGUCCUGGUGAGGGAGGACAUUCAGAGGCUGGAGCAGGACACGGCCCAGUCCAUGCAGGUGUUGGUGGAACUGGAUCACGUGAAGUCCAGGAUGCAGCUGGCGGCCGAGUCGCUCCAGGAAGCCGACAAGUGGAGCACGCUCAGCGCCGACAUCGAAGAGACUUUUAAAACCCAGGACGUGUCCGUGAUCUCGUCCAAGCUGACCAGCAUGCAGAGCAGCCUGGCGGUGCUGGUGGACACCCCGGACUACUCGGAGAAGUGCGUGCACCUGGAGGCACUGAAGAACCGCCUGGAGGCCCUGGCCAGCCCCCAGAUCGUGGCGGCCUUCAACACGCAGUCUGUCGACCAGGCCCGGGUGUUUGUGAAGGUCUUCACCGAGAUCGACCGCCUGCCCCAGCUCCUGGCCUACUAUUACAAGUGCCACAAGGUGCAGCUGGUGGCCAUGUGGCAGGACUUGUGCCAGUCCGACCUCCCCUUGGAUCGGCAGCUGAUGGAGCUCUACGAUGUGCUGCUGGGCACCUGGCAUUCGCAGCUGCAGUGGGCCUCCCAGGUGUUCCAGAACCCCCCGCAGGUGGUGACCGUGCUGCUGAUCCAGGCACUGGGCGCUCUGGUCCCGUCCAUCCCCGUCUGCCUCAGCACCGCCAUGGAGCGGGCCGGCCCCGAGAACAAGCUGGCCCAGCUCCUGGGUCUGUACGUGGCCACGGCCUACUUUGCGCGGGGCCUGGAGGCGGCCCUGCAGCCCAGCUUAAGGGAGUGCAACUUGGUGAAGGUGACGGAGCUGGUGGACGCCGUCUACGGGCCCUACAAGCCCUUCCAGCUGCAGUACGGGGCCCUGGAGGAAGAGAACCUCCUCAUCCAGAUGAGCGAGGUCCCUCUGGAGCACGGCGAGGUGAUGGAUUGCGUCCAGGAGCUGUGCCAGUCGGUGAACAAGCUCUUCGGCCUGGCCCUGCAGGCGGUUGACCACUGCCUCAAGCUGACCGACGGCCUGGGGGUGGGCGGCCUCCUCAAGGCCCUGCGAGCCCUCUUUGGCAAGUACGCCUCGGACUUCGGCAGCGCCCUACAGUCAAUCCGGAAGAAGUGCAAACUGGACGAGAUCUCUCCGCAUUCACUCUUCCAGGAAGACUGGACGGCUUUCCAGAGCUCUGUCCGAAUCAUGGCUGCCUGCGGGGAACUCCUGCGCCAGUGUGGAGACUUGGAGCAGCAGCUGGCCAACAGGAUCCUCUCCACAGCAGGCAAGUACCUUUCGGACUCGUACAGCUCCUGCGGGCUGGGCAGCCUCCCAGAGUCUGGCUCAGAGAGGCCGAGCGCGGCAAAGAACCCCUGGCAGGAAUACAACUACCUUCAGCAAGAGAGCCCUGCGGAGUAUGCCACCCUCCUGGAAACCCUCUACGCCCUCAAGGAGAAGGGGACCACCCACAACUUGCUGGCGGCCCCGCGCUCAGCCCUCACCCGCCUCAACCAGCUGGCCCACCAGCUGGCCUUCGACUCUGUCUUCCUCCGCAUCAAGCAGCAGUUUCUGCAGGUGCCCAGGAUGGAGGGCUGGAGCACGGCCGAUCCGGGGGAAAUGCUGACCGAGGAGCUGCCUUGCUUCAGCCUCACGCCUCUCGAGUACAUCAGCAACAUCGGCCAGUACCUGAUGUCUCUCCCCCUCCACCUGGAGCCCUUUGUGGUUCAGGAGGAUCCUGCCUUGGAGCUGGCGCUGCACGCCGGGAAGCUUCCCUUUCCUCCGGAGCAAGGGGACGAGGUGCCAGAGCUGGACAACAUGGCCGACUACUGGCUGGGCUCGCUGGCCAGGGCCACCAUGCAGACCUACUGCGAAGUCGUCCUGCAGAUCCCAGAACUGACCCCCCACUCCGCCAAGCAGCUGGCCACGGACAUUGACUACCUGGUCAACGUCCUGGACGCCUUGGGCCUGCAGCCCUCGAGGGCCCUGCAACAUACCCUUCUCCUGCUGAAGGCCAAGCCCGAGGACUACAAGCAGGCAGCCAAGCCCGUGCCCCGGCGGCUGGCCAGCACCAUUGCGGCCAUGCGGGGCCUGGAGCCCUGAGCCCCUGGGCCAGAACUC